ACUAAUGAAUUCAAGGGUGUGUGUCAUCGCCCAUUAGUUUUUAACAUUUCGUAUAUUUUUAGUUUUUAAUUCACUAAUACUGUAAUAAGAUGUAAACUGUGCCAACACAAAUAAGACAUCAUCAAUAUCUCCUGCAACCAAAGAGCAACCUGAUUUUUAUUUUUUUUUGAAGAUACUGCUUAUUAAAGAUGAGCUUCAACUUUUUUUUCAAGAAGAGACACACCAGAGAGGAAAACAGCACUGCAGCGGUUAUAGGAAAACCGACAAAUGUAAACCAUGAUAUUCAUGUUACUGUAAAUAAAGAGGGAAUCUUGGAAGGUUUACCAUCAGCAUGGAUGAGACAGAUUGGUACUCAGAUAACUAAAGACGAACAAAAAGAAAAUCCCUUAGUUGUUAAACAAGUCCUGCAAUAUUAUAAUUAUUCUAUAAAAAAAGGUAACGAAAAUGGACAGGAAUAUAAACAUAUUGUUACCGAGAAGGAUAUUGUCGAAGAGUCCAAAAUGAUCGAUUUGUAUAUGCAUUCAAGAGAUGCCCAUAAGAGUAAAGAUUCAGAUUUAUCAGAUGAUUUAAAUAAAAUCGAUGACAAUGUAGAAAACAGGACUUCCCUACCUCCUAGACCUCCAAGAAAAAUAGACACCCCCAAUCUCGUUAAAUCAAAACACCUUGCGCAAAGCACAGAAAACCUAACCGUAGCCGACGAUAUCGAGUACCGAUCAAAGUCCAGUUCCUCAGAGGAAGAAUUUCUUCGCAGACACACGGGAUUGACAGACGAGGAGUGCAUGAAAGAAAUUAAAAAUAUAUGUAAUCCUGGAGAUCCUUACGACUACUACGAGCGCAUCAACAAAGACCUCGGCUCCGGAGCCUCAGGCAUGGUCUUUGCUGCUGUGGAUCGUGCUACGCAGCAACUGGUGGCUAUUAAAGACAUCGAUAUGACGAAACAGCACAAGAAAGAUCUGUUGCUGAAGGAAAUCGAGAUAAUGAAAAAGUUCCAGCAUAAAAAUCUAGUUAAUUUUCUGGACGCGUUUGUUGUUUACGACGAUCACUUGUGGGUUGUAAUGGAACUUUUGGAUGGGGGUCCCUUGACUGAUGUCGUUACGGAAACGAUAAUGAAGGAGGGUCAGAUAGCGGCCGUCUGCUACGAGGUGCUACAAGCAAUAAGCUAUUUACACGAACGGGGUACAAUUCACCGUGACAUAAAAUCCGAUAACGUUCUUCUGGGGAUGGACGGGACGGUAAAGGUGACAGAUUUUGGAUUUUGCGCAAAUGUUAUAGGAAACGAACAGAGGGAGACUAUGGUGGGAACACCGUAUUGGAUGGCACCCGAGGUGGUUACUAGACAGAAGUACGGCAAAAAAGUCGACAUUUGGUCUUUAGGCAUAAUGAUAGUUGAAAUGUUAGACGGCGAACCCCCAUACCUUAGAGAACCACCCCUCAGAGCUUUAUAUUUAAUCACAGCUAACGGCAGACCAAAGAUUAUAAGGUGGAACACCUUAACUCCAAAAUUGCAGAGUUUUAUCGAUAUAUGCCUCCAAGUGGACGUUGAUAGAAGAGCGACUGCUGACGAUUUGCUGAAUCACGAGUUUUUAGAGAACCGCAUGGAACUUAAAACACUCACUCCCCUGAUAAAGGCUGCAAAGAAGAUAUUGCACAAAACAUAGGCAGUGCACAUUUUAUACCAUUUCAUAAAUUGAUGUAUUCACUAUGUCGUAAGUUUUUCUCACCCAAAGUGUUGCUUGCAAAUAUUUUUUUAAGUAUACAAUUAUUACACUGUAAAUAUCAAGUCUUUUUGUUUCCUAAUAUGGUUUAGAAUUAUUUCUUCUUACAUCAGUUAAUAAUUAACUUCAAUAUUUGGCAGAAAAUUCUCGAUAUACAGGGUGUUCUAGUGAACAUAUGUAUAGAAUUUUUUAAAUAAAAUUUUGAUGUAAUUCUGUUUUAAAUCUGUCGCGUGCAAACGUUCUUGAAGCAUUUCCAAUGCUGUAUGUUAAAAAAAUAUGUAAUAAAUAACGAAAGGACUAUUUUUAAUUUUAUAUCUGGAAUAAUCACAAAUCAUAAAAUGUUAUCUUCUCUGUGAAGUGUGUAGAGUAGCAGUGCAUUUUGUUGAUAUUGAUAGGAGACAAAAUACUUACUAAGUAUAGUCGGUUAAUACUCAGAGCUUAAUAUUUGUAUACUUAAAAAAAAUUGUUAGUUAAGACGGUUUAAUUAAUAAUGUCAAACGAUAAGUUAAUGGAUGCUUUAUCAAUAUUAUUUUACUGAAUUUUCCAUUAACUUUUUUGUAAAUAUCCAUUGUGUCAUACUUUAUUAAUGAACCAAAUAAAAAUUUUAAUCAUUAAUUAAAGAGGAGCGGAAUUGCUGUAACAGAAUUUUUGUUAUGUAAGUAUUUCUUCCAUAUUUUUUAAUAAAAAUUUUUAUUAUGUACCUCAACAUCAUUCAACAAUCUAAUUUCAUCGUACAUAUGUUAGAAACAGUUGGAAAUCAUAAAUUUUAUUUUUGCUUAUAAGUAGUUCACACAGUACUUCCUUGUACAGGGUGUGCAGACAAUAAUUUCUUUAUUGUAGAAAUAUUUAAACUAAAAACAGUGCUAAAGUCAUUCCAUAGCACAUUACAAUUUAAAUUUAUUAAAAAAUGAAAAUUUCAUUAAUUUUCAAGAUUUCUAUAAAUAGCAAUGAGGAAUUUUGACUGAACCUUGUACAUUUAAAUUUUUCAUUCACCGUUGUGAUCAAACAUUACAAAGUAUUAUAGAAUUCCUUCAGGCUUUGCAAGUCGGAGCAAAUGAAAUGUAUUAUUUUUUACCUUCUUUGGAUUACUUUAGGCUGAAAAAAAUGUGAAAGUGUGUCUCAUAUAAGUAGAAAUAAGGGUGCAAGCUUUUUAUAAUUGUAUGUAUUGACCAGUCAAUUUUAGAAGUAUUUUACUGAUUAGUUUAUAAGGGUCCAACUUAGUUUACUUAGAACACACAAACUAAAGACUGACUGGCAUUUUAUGGUCCAAUUUUUUGAGAAACCUUUACGAGGAUAUAUUUUAUAAAAUUUUAUUAUGGUAUUUUAUAAAAAGGUGUAUAUAACGUAAUACCUUAAACGUGUGCAAUUAUUAUUUUUUUGUAUUGUACAUAUUUUAUCAUAUUAUAUUUUUACGAUGCUGACGUGAUU